AUGGCCAAGGAGGUGUAUCCAAACCAUCUCCCGGACAAGUUGCCUUUCAAUCUCCUGACACAACGUGCAAGCCGCUGCCAACAUAGUGCAAUCGACGUUCGAGUCAUCGAUGCGUCUAUCCCCGACAUAACAGAACUGGACGACGUGAUCGUUAAAGUAACAGGCACAACUAUUUGUGGAUCAGAUCUACAUCUGUACCACGGGGAGAUCAUGCAUGGCCCUUCAGAAGGGCGAAAUUUUGGGCCACGAGGUCCGCAUCGCAUCUUCUCCGAAGACAAAUUACUCAGUGCUCACAUGCUUAUGGGGGUUGUCGAUCGGAUUGGCCCGAAUGUCAAAAACCUCACCACAGGUCAACGCGUUGUCGCCUCCCUCCAAAUCGCAUGCGGGAACUGUCGAUAUUGCAAGGAGGGACACCAACAAUUCAACAAUUACAUGUAUGGAACAUGCGAUGCUGGCUUCUUUGGAUACUGCCACUUCACAAGCGGUUUCCCUGGUGGCCAAGCAGAAUAUGUCCGCGUGCCCUUGGGCGAAGUCAACCUUCCUAUUUCAAAUGACGUCUCAGACGAAGAAGCCCUGUACCUCUCUGACAUUCUCCCGACCAGUUACCAUUGCGUCGUUGACAGCGGUGUGCAGGAAGGUGACAUCGUCGGAAUAUGGGGUCCUGGUCCUAUUGGACAAUGCUCAUCUCGCAUCAUCGCUAUAGACCAAAUCCCAGAGCGUCUGAAGCGUGCAAGGGAGCAAGGUUGCGAAGUGAUCAACCUUAGGAUGGUCAAGGAUGUUAGCCAGGAGGUCCAUGAGAUGGUUCCUGGAGGACAGGAUUUCUCAGGUACAUUCCACGAACUGAAGACCUUACUUCACAAAGGGAUGAAGAUGCUCAUGCUUGAGACUGAUGUUCCCGAGACCGCGAACGACAUGAUCGUCUCUGUGAGGAAGGUGUGUCGAUGCGGUCUCAUUGCUGCAUAUGCUGGUUUUACCAACGGCUUCAACAUCGGUGCGCUCAUUGGAAAAGCGCCAGUCCACAAGUACUGGAGAGAAAUUCUGUACGACCACAUCAUGACGGGCAAGCUUGACCCCAAAUUCAUGAUCUCUCAUCGUGUACCGUUAGAAGACAUGGCGAAACUGUAUGCCGCUUUUGGCAAACGUAUAGGAGGUGUUGAAAAAGUGUUUGUUGAAACUCGUCGAGUUGAUGACUGGGCGCGUUGA